AUGAAAGGGUAUCCCUCGUUACACAAGAGAACAAGUCGAGAUGAAGAUUCAAUGGUAAGAAAUCAGGAAAAUUAAGAAGAAGAGCCCCCAAUAAGCAGAAGAUAGCGAAUGACUUAAAAAUCUAGGUCAUCAGAAUAUGAGCACGAGUAUAUUGAACUAGACAGCACUAACUCAGAGGCUACGGCUUCUAUAGGUGGUGAAAACAUAGAGAAUCAGCUGGAGUGUUCAGAAAAUUUAUCUGCAGAAAAAACUCUGCAAAACUUCAAGUUUGAUAGAAGAAUGAUCCCAAGGAGAAUUGCACUUGCGGAACAAGAAUAAAUACAGCAGAGUCAUUAAAUUUAAGCAGAAUAAGAGAUCUCUCGCUCCUCAUAGUAGCAAUAGUAUUACUUAUAAUAUUAAUAAUUAUAUAGAAGAUUGUUUGAAAUUUAUCAAUAAAAUCUCAAGGCUAUUGAUGAUGAUUAAUAAUAUCAAUAUGAAGAUAGAUUUACAUGCCAAGAAACUUUAGCAAAUAUUUAUUCCUCGCAUGAACUCUAAUCUUUAAUUGAUCAAGAUAAGAAAGUAGAAUAUCUGUAGGUUUCAAAUCAGUGUUAAUUUUUGUUCAAACUUUCGGGUCUAAGACCUGAAGGUACUGAUAUAAGACUUCCUUAGGAAUAUCCAAGAAGAAAAGACACUCUAUAAGCAGAUGAGACUCUAAGUCCAUCCCUUAAUAACAUCUACUGUACUUCUAAUUCAAAUCUAAGAGAUUAAAUGAUGAGACAAGAUUCCUUAUUUGACUCUCCUAAUGAAAAAAAUGAACAAUUGCCUGGGUCUACUUUAAAAUAAUACGAGAAUCUCAAUAAAAUACUGAUAAAUAAUCUUUUGUUUAGCUAAAAAUUAACAUAGACAUACCUAGAAAUCACCUCUUUUUAACUUAUUUAAAAUGGAAAGGCUUUCCUCAACUUAAAAGAGAGAGUUGCGAUUUCAGAUUGGAUGGCUUUAUUUUGCUCAUAAAAAGAAAUCCACAGAUAGACCUAUUAUCUGGCUUUAAGUUAUUUCGAUGUGAUUGUAAACAAUUUAUGCUAGUAAAUUUUGAGAAAUCAGUUUAAUUCUUAAAAAGACUAGACGCUUUUGGAAGGCCUGGCAAUAGUUAGUUUAUUCUUAGCUUGCAAACUAGAAGAAGUCAAGCCCCCCAGUUUGAUGCAGAUGCAUUAAUGCAUACGCUCAAAUACUGUACAAUAAUUAAUUGAAAUUGAAAGAGAGACAUUGAAGAUACUUAAUUUUAAGCUAGUAAACUUCACUAUUUAUGACUACUUGAUUGCUUACCUAAAAAUAUGGAAGGAUAUAAACUUAACGAAAAUAAUGGAUUUGGAGUUAGAAUGUCAAGAAAACAUUGAUGAUUUGUCAUUUGAAGAUAAAAUAUUUACAUUCGUUGAUUUACUUCUACUAGAUAUCCAAUCCAGCACUUUUUCUGCUGCACUUUUGGGACUUGCGGUAGUUUACCUUGGAAAGCAGAUAAGCGGAGGACUCUCACUCUCUUGUGACGUAAAUGAGAAAAAGACUUUGGAACAAUUAAGUUUUAAUACUCUAUAUACAAAUGGAGAUAAUCAAAUCAACGAGAUAUUUGAACUUGUUAUUUAACAAGCUUUCGGAGAUUUAAGUGUUAUCCAACACUUGUAAUAGCCAUUCUAGUUUUUAAUAAAGUUUGCGCAUAUCCUCGACAGAAUAAUUCAUUCUUAAGAUGAAUCCUUAUUUGUACCUUGCGAAUCCUAAGUUAAAACUAUGGCAUAUUCUAAGAAUUGGAGACCAGAGAUUACAAAUGUAAUUCUAGAUAGUUUGAACAAAAGUCUUAAUCAAGCAAAUCAUUCUGUUUGA